AUGCAGGAGUGCAAUUUCACUGUCGAGAUUGCCGCCCAAAACGGGUUGGGGGUGGGCCACGAAAAUGUGAUGUACGAAGGCCUGUUGGUCCCUGCUAUGAAACGGCUUUUCCUCCUGGUUAUCCUGGUUGCAAGUGUUUCUGACACAAUUAAUAGCAGCCCCCUCCACUUCAGCAGGAUGAUUCAAAGGAUUACAGGGAAAAAUGCUCUCAUCUAUUUCAUCGGAUACGGAUGCUAUUGCGGAAAGGAAGGGAAGGGAAAGCCAAGGGACAAGACAGACAUGUGCUGCUACAACCAUGACUGCUGUUAUGAUAGUUUAUAUAUGCAGAAGUGCCACCCACUGAUUGAUCACUACACCUUCACGAUCGUCAAUGAUGAUGUCUUCUGUGAGAACGGAGAGAAGUCCGGCUGUCCCACACGGGUGUGUGAAUGCGACCGGGAAGCAAGCCUCUGUUUCAGGAAGGCAAGCAGGACCUACAACAAGUCCCUCCAUCAUUAUCCUGACCUCUGGUGCAGGGAGAACCCUCCAAAAUGUCCCCCUGGCAAAGGAACGAUGCACGAAGGACUGUGGAAGAAAAAGACCCUUAUGUUAAAGAAGAACUUUGGAGCUCUCACGAAACAGAAGGGAACUGGGGGGAAAGGAAUUUGA